AUGAAAUUGUGGGAAAGAGUGAUAGAGAAGAGGAUUAAACAAGAGGCAGUGAUUAGGGAACAUCAAUUUGGUUUUAUGCCAGGGAGAUCUACCACUGUGGCCAUACAUGUAUUAAGAAGAUUGAUGGAAAAAUAUAAGGAGAGGAAAAAGGAUUUGCAUAUGGUGUUUAUAGAUUUGGAGAAGGUAUCUGAUAGCAUACCACGAUUAAUCAUAAAUGAGCUCUCCAAGUCUAUCUGGGAGACAGUGCCAUGGUGCAUGCUAUUUGUUAAUGAUAUAAUGUUGGUCGCAGAAACUUGCGAAGAGGCUAACACCAAAUUAGAAGAAUGGAGAGCGGUUUUAGAAAGCCAAGGAAUUGGCGAUAAGCAACAUGAUGGCCCAGACGUGACAAUUAGAGAACAUGUAGUUGUAAGUAUAACUAAGCUCAAAGUGUUACGUGAUAACAAGUUUCCGAUUAAACUAAAAGGUAAGUUCUACAGAGUUGCCAUUAGGCCAACUUUAUUGUACGGGACAGAAUAUUGGCUUGUUAAGAAGAUCCAUGAACAAAAGAUAGAAGUGACAGAGAUAAAAAUGUUGAGGUGGAUGUGCGGUAACACAAUAAUGGACAAAAUCAAGAAACGGGAGUUUAGAGAGAAGUUAGGCGUUGCCCCAUUAUCUACUAAAAUGCGUGAAAAUAGGUUAAGAUGGUUUGGACAUGUGCAAAGAAAGAAUGUCAGUUGCCUCAUUAGAAGGAUAGAAAGCAUCAUAGUGGAGGGUAAGAGAAGUCGAGGAAGACCUAAGAAAACGUGGUUAAGAAGAUAA